CUCUACUUCACCACCUCCUACCUUCAAGACAAUCACUGGAUCUUUGGAUCUGCCAUGUGCAAGGCCUUCACUGGCAUUUUGUACACAGGAAUCUACGCCUCUGUUUUCUUCCUCUCGGCCAUCAGCGUUGAUCGGUAUCUUCUCACUCUUCACCCAGUGUGGUCACAGUUGCACCGAACCCCACGCUGGGCCUCCAGCAUCAUCCUAGGAGUCUGGAUCUCUGCCUCUGCCCUCAGCAUGCCCUAUGUGGUUUUCAAGGAAACACAUGAUGACCAUAAAGGAACGGUGAUCUGCCAAAAUAACUACACUGUGUCUACUAACUGGGAAAGCAAAAAGAUACAAACGUUAAGGAAAUGGAUUCCUGUAGCCUGCUUUAUCAGCCGCUUCUUGCUGAGCUUCCUUCUGCCUUUCUUCAUCAUCACCUUUUGUUACCAAAGAGUAGCCAACAAGAUGAAAGAGAGAAGCCUGUUUAAAUCCAGUAAGCCCUUCAAAGUCAUGAUGACUGCCAUUAUCUCUUUCUUUGUGUGUUGGAUGCCCUAUCAUGUAUACCAGGGCUUAAUUCUCACCCAAACCCAAUCACUGCUUUUACAGUUCACUCUGAUACUUACAGUCAUAACCACUUCCUUCAAUACUCUCUUUUCUCCCACACUCUACCUAUUUGUUGGGGAGAACUUCAAAAAUGUUUUCAAGAAGUCCAUUCUUGCUCUGUUUGAGUCAACAUUCAGUGAGGAUUCUUCAACAGAGAGGACACAAAACCUAAAUUCAGAAGCCUACAUUUAAAUUCUGGAUCACAGAGCAAACAACGGACUUGUAGUCAAUUACCAGAUAUAUACCUUCAGCUUUGGCAUAAUAAUAUCCCUAUAUUAGAGGGACAUCUAGGCUGUACUACAGUUAGAUCCAUGAAUAUUAAAAGGGCUGUAAGAAAGCAAGUAAUGGGUGAUGUUGCAAUCAUGAUUUUUUUUUACUCUUUUUUUGU